AUGUAUAGGCUUCCCAAUCUUGCGAGGGUCGCCCGUGUCAAUUCAUCCAGACCUUUCUUUUUAGCCCAAAGACUACGUCGAUUUAACUCAACCAAAGUUUCUCCCGAUGAGCAUACUGAGGAGGCCCCAGAAAACAUCGAUGUACCAUGGUAUCUUAGACAAGACGUCUCAUCUCCUUUGCUUGAAAAAGAGGAAGUCAAGCUCCCGUCUAUUCCUGAUUAUGCGCCCGCAGAGGUUCGCAAGUUUUGUGAUCUCAUGGCCAAUUCUUACGGUAUGAGCGAUAUUCUACUUUUCGAUAUGACAGAGCUAGACGAGUCUCACGAUUAUAGAGCCAACAACAAGAACACGGACUUUAUUAUCAUCUGCUCUGGUAAGUCCGAGAAACAUAACUUUAAAGCAGCUGGGGAGUUUCGCUACUACCUCAAGCACGAACAUGACUACGUGCCUCAUAUGGAGGGAAUGACAAAUGGAGCCUUGUCUCCAGUGAUGCGUAGACGUCUCCUUAGGAGGGCCUCCAGAGGGCCACCAGCGACCCAUAAUGAUUACGGCAUGUCAGCAAACUCAUGGAUUUUUUGUCAGCACGAAAACAUCGAUGUACAUAUAUUGACUAAGGAGAGGAGAGAGGAGUUGAACCUUGAGUCCAUGUGGUGCAAGCCUGAAGAUGCAGACAAGUACAUCUCAAAGGAUACCUCACCAGAUUUCUCUGACCACAUCUUCAGCGGUAUCAGGCGCUUUCAUACAUCAUCUAGAGCCUAUUCAAGCUCGGGCGCCUUGCAGUCCCAAAUCGAUAAUCUCACGAGCCUCAGCAGCGACUCUACGGAUGCUGAGAUAAAGAAACAUAUCGACGAGUUCGAGGCCGAAUUCAACAGCCCCACCGCUUAUGAUCACAAUUUGAGAUUUAAACUCUACAAGACCGUUCAUUUUGCUCGUCCCAGUCUCGUCGCAUUUGAGCAUGUGGAGAAGGUUCUUUUGGAGAAAUAUGCGUCGCUUGAAAUAGCCCUCGACUCCACACUUGACUUGGCGAAGGAGAAGUCUCAAGAUGUCACGGAGUAUGUCAAACUUUUAAUUGAUUCUCCCGAGUGGAACAAAAAACCGUUCGAGAAGAUACAUGCCGACCACAAGUUCCAAAAGCUCUCAUCUUUCAUUCGGAUGCUUUACUGCUUUUCGAAUGAUACAUUUGCCAUGACAUCUAACCCCGAUUUCCUUCCACUCGUGUGGCGUCUUUCGUGCCAUGAGAUCCUGCAACCCGUCACUUCAAAACAGGUGGAUGAAGUCAUCGAAGAAGGUGUGGUACAGGUUGGUGAACCUGGCAAGAAGCUAGAAAUGGCAACAUAUGACGCAGAUGCUGUGUUGGAGCUCAUCACUUACCAUUACGAUGGCACUGGGGAAAAGGUAUCUCCUGAAUUUGAAGAACUACUUUUGUUCACCUACGGCAACGCAGGCAAAUGGGAUCGGUUCUGGAGCUUUUGGAACGAGACCUGUUUUCUCAGACUGGCUUCAAAGGAGGAAGUGCUCAAAUCCUGGCUCAGACUCGUCAUCUUCUUGAGUCUCACAAACAACAAAACCCAAAUAUUGCAUCUCUUCAACCAUCACUGGGACAUCGGUGGUGGUGUCGGAGGCACGGUGGUCACAGCACUACGAGAGAAUGGUGGAGCUUUCAGCUCUGAGAAAGACUCGCAAGCUUUUAAAGCUGCAGUCGAAUCAAUGCUCCAGACCCUCGGCACCGAAAAGUUCGAAGGUGUGCAGAAAUUCAUUGCUCUGAUUUGA